GCACACGCCGUCCCUCGCUAACACUCUGAGACCAGUACUACUCAACGAGGUCUCUAUCAAUGGCCCGCUGAGUUUGAUACGGUAUUAUUUCGAGUUAUUAUGGCGUCCGUGGAGAGACUUUUAGCUUCAUUGCUCCUGCUUUGGGGGGUCUUGUUGGAAGGAAGCGCCGACAAGUGCGAAGUGCCCUACGUGAUCCGCGGGACAUGGUUCAGCUUCGAGAGCGGCAGCAACACCAUCACCGACAUCGAUCAGACGACGAUGACCGGCCACGGAACCUGCGUCGACGUCAAGGUGUACCGGCAUGACUUCAAGGCGUUCCUCUUCAAGGACAACGAGUGCUUCUACUGCGUCCACUUCAACGUGCGCACCGUCAACGUGUUGGAGAAGAGCGAGACCGGCUGCGUGACCUUCCCCACGGGCUACACGCCGUCGCUGGAAGAGGCGUGCAGCGAGAUGGACAAGAACCAGGCGCUCAUCACCAUGUUCAACGAGAACUACGUGCCCAAGAACUGCCGCUCGGCCAUCGAGGGCGUGUGGCACUUCGCUUACCAGAACAGAUUCAGCUUCACCGGCGAGUGCAACCACCCUGAGGCCAGGAUCCAGUCGUGCCAGGAGCCCGGCAACCAGUUCCUCAUCGCCAACCAGAAGUUCAACAUCACUUUCAAGAAGUGUGAAGGAAUCAAGGAGUCCUUCGAGGGAGCCAAGGAGUUCUCGUGCCUCGGCGACUGGUUCGUGGGCAAGAACCACUACUUCGCCGUGGCCAACACGAAGGAGUCUCGGAAGGACGAAAAGUACCGCUGCUUCGUCAGGAACAGGGACGACGACAUUUACAUGGGCCACUCCAUCACGCCGGAGUGCUCGGUCCUGAACACGCCAGAGAACAGUCCUUUCAGGUUCAGGAUGGACCCAGUGAAACAAGAGACGGUGAACCCCGGGUGCCUGUUGCCGAAGAACUUUAGCGGCGAGUGGGUCAACACCGCCCACACGGAGGCCGACGUCUUCAUCAACCAGACCCACAUCAUCGAGACAACCUACCCUGACGAGGGUCGCUUCAGGAGGACUAUUUACGUCUGCAGAGAACAGAGAGACAAUCGAUACAUGAUGGCCAGGCUCAACAUUGACGGUUGCCAGAAGGACUACGUGUGCUUCGAGUUCGUCCCUCGCCACCACAACAUCAUCCGCUUCAGGAAGGGGAGGGAGAUGAUCAGGGAGGAGUUCUCGACCGUGUGCUCGUAUGUGCAGUUCCAGAGCGGCCGGGAGUGGAACUACGACCUCAUGUUAGCCAAGGACCCGGUGCCCGUCAAGUGCCCAGUGGCUGGCAAGUUCAACUUCACCCAAACUGGAGAGCUGAAGUUCGAGACCCGUAUCCUUGGAGGCGUGACCAAGAGCCCUUGGGAUCACAUCUACUGUCGGGAGAACAUCUCCGACCUUUCGGUCUGCGACCAAGACCAGAAAGAGAUGUGGAUCGAUGCCCAUUACUGUAUUAGCGUCGACGCCUACGGCAGACAUGUUGAUAUUUAUUCCAAGGACCCGGUGCCCGUCAAGUGCCCAGUGGCUGGCAAGUUCAACUUCACCCAAACUGGAGAGCUGAAGUUCGAGACCCGUAUCCUUGGAGGCGUGACCAAGAGCCCUUGGGAUCACAUCUACUGUCGGGAGAACAUCUCCGACCUUUCGGUCUGCGACCAAGACCAGAAAGAGAUGUGGAUCGAUGCCCAUUACUGUAUUAGCGUCGACGCCUACGGCAGACAUGUUGAUAUUUAUUCUGACCCAGACUACAAGCUGAAGUGCGUCGGGUACUGGAAGGAGAACCUCAGGUCCUACCUUAUUACGUACGACGAGCUGGAUCCUUACUCGAAGUACAGAUGCUGGGUUUACCAGAGAGCUGACCUGAACAAGAUCCUCAUGUCCCAGAGCGUCGGCCCCUUCUGCAACCUACAUCAGACGGUGCACGGCACGGGAGGGGGCUCGGCCGUGGCGAUCAAGAUGGUGGAGUACGAGAGAGAACACGACCGGUGCCCCAUGCACUUCGACGACGGCGCCAACCCCUGGCAGGAGCCCGGCAGCCAGGUCCACAAGUUCACUUUCACAGGCGGCUCGGAAUUCAUCGGCGCCUCCCUCGCCACGAUCCUGCUCAGCUUCUUCGUCAGUUGGCUGCUCUCUAGGAAGCCCUGAGAGAACCUGCAGGAGGAAGCCAGU